GCGAUGAGAGUUCGCAUUCUGUUUUACACGCGCGCUUCACUAACACCAAUACAAAUACCGUGCUUUGACGAGCCGUCUGUGAAUGUGUGUGUGUCUUCUUUCAGCGAGCUCAACUUGGAGCUGCUCGUCACAUCGUGUUGUCUCGCUUACACUACAGCAUCGAACCAUCGCUCCGUAUGUCCCCCCCUCCUACGCGUGCAAAACCACCAGUACAGCGCGACGCUUUGCCGGAGAUGGUUGUGCGUGUUUUGUUCAAAGUCCCGCGCGCAGUGUUUGUGCAUUGAUGCGCAUUUCGUUAUAAGUCUCGUGCGCCGGUGUGUUUUGGUGAAGUGUGCAGUGAAUAAACAGUGUGCACAGACGCACAUGCAGUGCGUGGAUCCACAGGCGUAUCGAGUACUAAUCGAGCAGAUAUGGAAAAACAAUUUCGAGCAAAUGUCACUUGGGAAGUCAGCCGGACCGUCCAGAACCAAUGACGAGGAGACCGUUACCAAUCAAGCCGUGGGUUGACGUAGCGAUAGACUUUUUAGGUCCACUACCGUCAGGGGACUAUCUGUUGGUAAUAAUAGAUUAUUUCAGUAGAUAUAAAGAGAUUGAGAUAAUGAGAAAAAUCACGGCUAGCGAGACAGCUGAACGGUUGGAGAAAAUCUUCAUAAGGUUAGGAUACCCGAGGACAAUUACAUUGGACAACGGAAGGCAAUUUGUUAGCACGCAUUUCGAAAAUUACUGUUCAACAAAAGGAAUAGUUCUCAACAAAACUACUCCAUACUGGCCUCAGGAGAACGGUUUAGUUGAACGGCAUAAUAGAUCGUUGGUGAAACGUUUGAAAAUUAGUCAGGCGGAGAAUAGUGACUGGAAAACCGAUUUGGGGAAGUACCUUUUAAUGUACUAUACCACACCUCAUAGUACCACAGGCAAGACACCGACCGAACUAAUGUUUGGACGGACAAUUCGAACUAAAAUUCCCUCCUUGCAAGAUAUUUGCACGAGCCCUGCAGUGGAUUCGUCAGACUUUAGAGAUCGAGAUCAAAGGAAGAAGGAGGAAGGGAAACUAGCGGAAGAUCAACGGAGGAGAGCUAAGUGUUCAAACAUUGAACUUGGUGACAGAGUUCUUGUGAAAAAUAGUAUUCCUACAAAUAAACUCAGUACUAAUUUCAACCCGACCGUGAUGACGGUAAUAGAUAAGAGUGGUUCAAGGGUUACCGUGGAAGACACCGAAUCAGGAAAAGUCUAUGAUAGGAAUUCAGGACACUUGAAAAAGAUAAACUGCCCAAGUCACACAAAGGAGCAAGAACGCACUCAUGAAUCUGUGUUUCAGGAAACCCCACUUAAGAAAUCUAGACCACAUCGAGCACUAAAACGUCCAAGCAGAUAUUUGGAUUAAUUAUCUAUGUGGGAGUAUUGCAUACACAAAACAAAUGAACUCAAGAGGAAGAGAAGUGAACUUUUACACAUUAAGACAAUUCAGUUACCUAACACAAGGGGAGAUGUGGUAGUGAGCUUCUAACGAUAGCGAUCGUUAGAUAAGUAUUGGUGCUGUGUCAUCGAACACAGCAUCCGAGAGUGCGAUGAGUACAGAAUAAAGAGAGCACUUGAUAGUUAUCAACCGAGCAAA